AUGGAGAGAGAAGAGGGGUCCAGAGUGGUGAGAGGUGGCGUGAACAAGGGGAUCUCAGUGUUUGAUUUCGUUCUUAGGUUGAUGGGCUUCAUGGGGACUUUGGCAGGUGCAAUUGCAAUGGGGACUACGGAUGAGACACUUCCUUUCUUCACACAGUUCAUCCGGUUUAGGGCCAGAUACAGUGACCUACCCACCUUUACAUUCUUUGUGGUGGCAAAUGCAAUAGUGAGUGUGUAUCUUUUGUUAUCACUUCCCCUUUCCAUCUUCCACAUUGUGAGGAGCAAAGCAAAAGGAAGUAGGAUGAUCUUAAUCUUCUUCGACACGGGCAUGUUGGGACUCAUCACAGCUGGGGCAUCAGCAGCAGCAGCUAUAGUGUAUCUUGCACACAAGGGCAAUGUUCGAGCCAAUUGGCUUGCUAUUUGCCAACAAUUCAACUCUUUUUGUGAACGUAUAUCAGGGGCACUCAUUGGAUCCUUUGUUGCCAUGGCCAUACUUAUUCUCCUCAUAUUACUCUCAGCUAUUGCUAUAUCGAGGCGUUGAGAGAGAGGGAGGAUUAUACAGUUCUCAUUCAUGUAUUUGCACAAAUAGGGUGAGAACCACUUGUUGGUGUAUGUUGUUGUCUUUUGUUGCUUUAUAUGUAUUUGGAAACUGGUUUUUUCCUUUUGUUAAUUUGGAGUGGGUCAUAUUGGGAGGGCAUAGUUGCCUUAAAAAGUUCAUUGUAUGGAAUUCAUUUGGUUGAUUUGUGGUGUUUUAGACAUCUCGUG